UGCGGCUGACUCGAAGCCGAGCCGAGUGGAGGAGCGUUUUAUUAGUAGUUAUUGCUUCCAGCGCGAGACCACCCUUCAAUCGCUGCACGGGAGCGAUCCGUACAUUCUGUUUCGUUUUUUAAUCCAGAGGAGUGAUAAAACGUCUCGGCGGAGCAGAUCGAUUGCGGUUUUUUUCGGCGAAUAAUGUGCGUUGAUUGAUUGAGAGCUAGCGAGCAAACGGCACAGGAAGCACCCAGGCGCCGAAAUAUGGUAUUUUCCAGCGCCGAGCGGGCCCAGUAGUGCAGAAAAGUUGGAUUUUCCGAGUCGGGGUCUCCUCCCCAGAAGGCUAGGCCAGGCCAGCAAUCAUCGAAUCCAUCAUCAUUAGAGGCAGUGAAGGAAAAAGUGAAAAAAGUCAUUCGCCCAAUCGACCCAUCGUCGUCGAGAGCGUGAGAGCGGUGAGAGCAAUUGAGAGAGAGAGCUGCAAGUGAGAGUGCCUCUAGCACUUAGUGGACUCGAACUGUUUCGUAUCCUCCCUGUUUUGGUUGGGAGAGUGAGUGCCAAGUGUUGAACGAAGAACGAGAGUGAGAGAGAGCGCAAGAGUGCAAAAUCUCCACGGUUCAAAAGGUGGAUAUUGGAUUUUUAUAUGUAAAGUAAUAUGGAGGAUCUGAAAGAUGGUGAUAUAUUUUAGUGAAAUGCACAGUUAGAAACGGAUUUAUUCGGAAGGAAAAGUGCACCAAAACGACGAAACGCCACGAAAGGACCCGAUUUAGGAUUAGUGAUUGGAGUUGAAGCCUUCUGGGACUAGUGGUGGCAGCCGUGAAGAGUUUGACGAUAUCUGCCCCAAAGAGUGGAGAUUGUGCGAAAGUCCCAACAAUUGAAAACUGCAGAUAAUCGAUAAAUCGGUGUUGAAUUUUUUUCCUCUCUCUCUUUCUGUGGCUGUGUGGCACCAGAAUAAAAGUGUGUACGGGAAAAGUGAAUCUGUCCGGACGGAAGAAAAUCAAGAAGAGGAGAGAAAGUCAGCACCCCUAAUUGUCCAUAAGCUUUUCAUCAUUCGGGAUAGUUUAUUGCUUUGCUUAAAUUGCUAGUCGGAACCGAAGGAAUCGAAAGUGUUCAGUAGCUGCUAAACCUUCCCUCAUAGUCGCUACGUCAGAAUGAAUGAGCUGGAAGCCCUUAGACAGGAAGCGGAAACGCUGAAGAAUGCAAUCCGAGAUGCCCGGAAGGCGGCCUGCGACACAUCGCUGGUGCAGGCGACAAAUAAUCUGGAACCCAUCGGAAGGAUACAGAUGCGAACCAGGCGUACCUUGAGGGGUCACUUAGCGAAGAUCUACGCCAUGCACUGGGGUAGUGACUCCCGCAAUCUGGUAUCCGCCUCUCAGGAUGGCAAGCUGAUCGUAUGGGACUCGCAUACGACAAACAAGGUUCACGCGAUUCCUCUGCGAUCGUCCUGGGUUAUGACCUGCGCGUAUGCUCCGUCUGGUAACUUCGUUGCUUGCGGUGGCUUGGACAAUAUUUGUUCAAUCUACAAUCUGAAAACUAGAGAAGGAAAUGUAAGAGUAUCACGUGAGCUUCCGGGACAUACUGGAUAUUUGUCCUGUUGCCGGUUUCUCGAUGACAACCAGAUUGUCACCAGUUCCGGUGACAUGUCCUGUGGACUGUGGGACAUUGAGACCGGUCAGCAAUGUACAUCGUUCCUGGGACACACUGGAGACGUAAUGGCAUUGUCGCUUUCUCCUCAGUGCCGUGUGUUUGUCUCCGGGGCGUGCGACGCUUCCGCCAAGCUGUGGGACAUCCGUGAAGGUCAGUGCAAACAGACCUUCCCUGGACACGAGAGCGAUAUCAACGCCGUUACCUUCUUCCCGAAUGGGCAUGCAUUCGCCACCGGUUCGGAUGACGCCACCUGUCGGCUGUUCGACAUCCGUGCCGAUCAGGAAUUGGCCAUGUACUCGCACGACAACAUCAUCUGCGGUAUCACCUCGGUAGCAUUCUCCAAAUCAGGUCGGCUACUACUGGCCGGUUACGACGACUUCAACUGCAACGUGUGGGAUACGAUGAAGGCGGAGAGGGCAGGUAUCCUGGCAGGUCAUGACAAUCGCGUAUCUUGCUUAGGAGUCACCGAGAACGGAAUGGCCGUUGCAACCGGUUCCUGGGAUUCGUUCCUGCGCGUUUGGAACUAAGUGCGUAGAGAUAAACCAUCAAAAGCACUCACACAUACAAAACAUCCUCAACACUACACGCUGAUUUAUUUUUGAACAGAACACAACUAGAACUCAAUCAAACAGGAUUGAAUGCAUUUCAUGGAAGCAGUAUCAUAAAAACCAUCCUGAACACUGAAGAGACAAAAUCCACAGUAUGAUUGGAACCGAAUCCGCAAGUUUAGUUUUAAGCUACCGACAGAAAAAUGCAUUUUUCGGAGAAAAUUUCUCAAAAAUUUAGUCUGUUAUGUUUUUGUAUUCUGUUUCUAGGUUUUUAAAAACGAGAACAUUUAGCACAAACAUUUUACGAUGUAACAAACAUAUGAUUGUUGUGAUAGUUUUCAAUCUUUACGCGCAAUUAUUUAUUUAUUUACUGUUAGGAGGAAUAGUUUCGGGCGAUUUUUUCACUCUACUUCUUUUCCGCGAGCGUAUUUUACAUAAUUGACAAAGGAACCAAAAACUAUUUUAUCGUUUGCUUAUAAGUCAUAUAUUUACAGUUGUUUUAGUUUUUAAUCAAAGAGCCAUUCUAUUGUCAAUUUAGGUGAAUGUUAGACUGCUGAGGAAUCUUUAACCCAAGCUCCUUCAAGAGAGAGAUUUUACGUUUUUAGUCAUUUGUUUUAUUUUGCUACCAGGCUGCUUCCGGCGAGCUGGAAACUGACUGCACGCACAACCAUCGAAGCUUUUGAUGAUGGACGAUUCGAAAUAAAAACUAGACAGACUCAUGAGCGAACGAGGCUAUUCGUCUGUUCGGAGUCUGGAUAGAUUGAGUUGCGUGGAUCGUCUUCAUCAUCGGUUUGCAUUCAUUUCUUAUAUCGUGUAUUACAUUCGAGUAUUGUUUUAAGUGGCUGCUUUUCAGCUGUAUUAGAUUUUCUAUUCGAAACAAAGUGUUAUUCCUUCUAUUUGUACACAAACAUAUACAUGUAAUGGAACGAUAAUCUAUUUAUACACACAACUUUGUAUUUAUUUAUAUUUAGUCUGUACAAUCAACCUCUAUUGAGCGCGAAGGAAGCAUAAAGCAAAGAGGAAAUUAGCAGAAAAAACGAAAAAAAAACAAAAGUGGCAGUGUUGCCAGAAUCACUCCACCGUGUGCAAGAGCUCCCAAGGGGCGAUAUCUUAACGGAAAUGGCGGCGGUCACAGUAUUCCUACACUUGUACCUCUAUUUGGGCCCACCAAUUUCGGGCCAAAAUCAAUAGGUUUCCUUAGGAUACUGAGCUCCUGCAUCUGGAAGGAUUCAGCACGAAUGUGUAAUCUAUACGUUUCAAGAGAUUCGAUGAGACUCAUGCUUCAGUAGCUGUAAUAGGCAUAACCUCCUAUUGUGCCAACUGAAGCACUUGUCUCAAAGUCGGAUCCAAAUGCUCUCCUCAUUCAAAGCCAUAUUAAUUUACAACGUAUUUAUGAUAGCGAUUAUAAUGCAUAAGUGCAAGGUGAAGAGACGGUAGGAUAAAGCACACCUAAACAUUCGCAUGGUUACCUAAAUUUGAUCGAGAAUUUAGUUGCGCUAGUCAAUAUUAGGUGACAGCCGCUUAUCCUUAUUGUGCAUGUUUUUUGGACAAAACUAUGUUUGGAAUUUCUUUCGCGUAGUGAAAAAUGAAACAAGCAAAAAUCACACAAAGUAGACAGAAAGCAUGAUCUUUAUAUCAAGACGAGUACGAUUGGAAAGACAAGAACAGAAAAAAAUAAAAUGCCUAUAAACUAAAAUUUGAAUCUUAUACGUGUGUAAGAUUGUUUUUAAAGAACAUAAAUCAUGAUUAAGAAGGUAUGAACUGUCAAAACCAUAAUACAACCACAAGAACACAUUCUGUUUGAGUUUUUCUCGUGAAUAAUUGAUCCAUUAUACACAAAAACAUAAACACAUAUAGCGAAGAUAAGUGUGACAUGAGUAUUAUAGGGAAGCAAAACCAGCGGUAUAGAAAGCAUGAUCAUUGUUUGUAUAAUCAAGCUGCAGUUUAACAAAAACGAAACACACACAUACACUUGUACAAUCCAGCAUAAUACAAUUAACACCUAUUGAACGCAUCGGCCGCCGCAUCACCUCACACUAGUCAGCACGCUGUGGGAAGAAAGGGCUCUCUGACACAGAAGGCGGAACCAUAGUGCUCCGCUUUGCUGGCAAGUGUGUCGUCGCAAUCCUAGUGCUCAUCGCCAGAUGGCAUUAUCGCUUGCUAGUAUGCGUGUGUGCGAUGCAUUCGCAUUGAUCCACAGUAGCCGUUGUUCCUAAAAAACAAUAUUCACAAAUCAAAAACGCAUCAGUCGAAGUAGGCUCAAUUCGGCCCUGCUGUCAGAUGUACAACAGCGAACAAUGCCCACUGUAGAUCGACUAUUUUACUGGAUCAAGCUGUAUGUGUGUGUAUUUCAGUUGGUUGAAAGAUCUACGAAUGGUCUGCAAUGAGAAAAUUCUAGUAAGCGCCACCCACUGCCUAGUAUCUUCAAAAAAAAAAAAAAACAAGAACAAAACAAAUAUUACAAAAAAAGUGACGAAAAAAUAAACAUACUAAGAAAAAGCAAAUAGAAAGUUAGAAUUGAUGAAGAGAACAAACACACUUUUACCAUCUCGAAAACAUCACAAUAAUAAUUGGAUGAAUCAAUGAGUUACUAGCAAAUUUGAAAUUCGAUUAAACACACACACAUUACCCAUUGUACAACGCUUUGCAAAUGGAAGCGUGCGCUGUUGACACCCAAAAACAGCAUGUAUCACAGUGCAAAACAAAACGCCAGCUGAUGUUGCUGCAACUGUGUGUGUACAACUGGCACAGUGCAUUGAAUGUCUAUUUAAAUUUGACUCAUUUACACGGCUUUCUGUUGUCAUCGUACCGUGUUUUGAUCGAGCUUGGUCACCAUGGAAACGGGUAGAACGAUCCACGCACACUUUGGCGAUAGCGAAACGAAACGGCAUCACGAGAUGGCGCGCAAAGUCUGCUCUGAUUGGUCGCCCAGCCUACCCACUGUUAUCCACGGGUCACUUUGAUGCUUUCUGAUGAUGGACUGGAGCAAGAUUCCAUGCCGACUUUGAUCGAACACUAAACGUCAUUGCAACAACACGCUUCAUUUCGAUUGUUGCAGUUUUUCUCAGUGUACAAAACAUAUUGACAUCGCUACAUACACGAAGACAAAUCUUUGAUUAUUGAUUAUGGAGAUAUUUUUCGAUAAAAUCACUAAAGUAUCUAAGAUCUAAGAUCCACACAUAAGAGCGCGUAAAUGAAGUUAUUAAGAUUAAACCAGUUUGAAAGUGGACAAAGACAGCGAUUUAUGCAUACCAUUGAAAAGUUUAAUUAAAACAAAUUCUUAGGGGCUUUUCAACGAAUAUGGACGCUUGUGUAUGCGUCAUUUGCGAGAUUUGUGCUGGAAAUAAAACCAAUGUGUGACUAUUCAAAUCGACCAAAAAUUAAACCAACAAGACACAAAUUCAUGCGCAUCAUUUGAAUUAUUGAUUGUACGCAUAAAAACAUCAGAAGAAAAUAUAUUUUAAUUACACAAUUUCCAUCAUUAGAAAACCACUUCGCACCCCAUCAUGUCUAACUGGAAAUUGAGGACAGAAACUUCACAGUUUCUUUGACGAGUUUUUUAGAGAAAAUCUUUGUAGGAAGAUAAAGUUGAGCAAUCAAAUGAUUAGCAUGAACGUCUUGUAACGAAAUGUAACAAACGAAUAAGUUCUGGCGAACGAAUCAAAUCGUAUGUGUGUAAAAAUAUAUUCAAUUUCGAGAAAUUAGAAAAACAAGCAUUUUAAGAUGGAACUCUCUCUGUCAUACAUUCACACACACACACACACAUCCAUGCGCCUCUCGUCCGCCAUUGUGUUCUGUUGUCGUAAAUGACGGCAAAACGCGGACAAGUUUCACACAAAAAAUAAUACAAACUACAACAGCUAGUGGCUGUCUGGAGCGGUAUAGUCGCUCGAACAAACCCGAUGGAGAUACAAACAAAUAAAAAGUGAAGAACACAAGAGAAAAAAAAAAACAAC